ACCACGACGAAGGCGCACAGGCAGCCGGGCCGGGCCGGGCCACCGGGAGAGCGGCCGCCGGGAAGCGGGCGGAAGGCCGGGCUGGCAGCUGGCAGCCGCCGAGCCGCGAAGCGACAUGGUGCUGCUCAAGGAGUAUCGAGUCAUCCUGCCUGUGUCUGUAGAUGAGUAUCAAGUGGGGCAGCUGUAUUCUGUGGCUGAAGCCAGUAAAAAUGAAACUGGUGGUGGGGAAGGUGUGGAGGUCUUGGUGAACGAGCCCUAUGAGAAGGAUGACGGCGAGAAAGGCCAGUACACACACAAGAUCUACCACUUACAGAGCAAAGUACCCGGAUUUGUUCGAAUGCUAGCCCCAGAAGGAGCCCUGAAUAUACAUGAGAAAGCCUGGAAUGCCUACCCUUACUGCAGAACCGUUAUUACAAAUGAAUACAUGAAAGAAGACUUUCUGAUUAAAAUUGAAACCUGGCACAAGCCGGAUCUUGGCACCCAGGAGAAUGUGCAUAAACUGGAGCCUGAGACAUGGAAACAUGUGGAAGCUGUAUAUAUAGACAUUGCUGAUCGAAGCCAAGUACUUAGCAAGGAUUACAAGGCAGAAGAAGACCCAGCAAAAUUUAAAUCUGCCAAAACAGGACGAGGACCUUUGGGCCCAAAUUGGAAGCAAGAACUUGUAAAUCAGAAAGACUGCCCAUAUAUGUGUGCAUACAAACUGGUUACUGUCAAGUUCAAGUGGUGGGGCUUGCAGAACAAAGUGGAAAACUUUAUACAUAAGCAAGAGAAGCGUCUGUUUACAAACUUUCACAGGCAGCUGUUCUGUUGGCUCGAUAAAUGGGUUGAUCUGACUAUGGAUGACAUUCGGAGGAUGGAAGAAGAGACAAAGAGACAGCUGGAUGAGAUGAGACAGAAGGACCCAGUGAAAGGAAUGACAGCAGAAGACUAAUGCUACUCCACCCCUUUCUGCACUUUUUGCAAGACAGUGGUCAACAGGAAGGCCCAGCAGCUCCACCCUCCUGAGUGGCAGGCCGUCUUUGGAUGCAGCCUUUCUGUGCUCAUUCUUCAGGCAACUUUCAAUCCCUUACUGUAGCUAUUUCUAGAUGCCCUUUAACAUUGUGAACAAAUAGACCGUCUGGUAUUACAAAGCCUGUGUGUGCGGGAGACUGAUCCUCUAAGAUAUAUGGUGUAUGCUGCUGUAUUUACAGCUCACCCCUCUCUCCAUUGUGUCCUGACCCAUUUCUGUAUGCCCUCCCCCUUUAUUUCCAAGUGACAUUUUUAGUCUUUCAAAUUAGCUGCCUUUUGUGAUGUGAUUAUUUAAGCUCACUUACUUCAGCCUUGGGAUAAACUGAGCUAUUUUGCUUCCUGGGCAGAUCUUUGGCAAUGUUGAGUAUUCACUUGGGGAGAGAGGAGGAGUUAAAAAUACAGAGAUACCUGCCCCCAGUUCUACACAAUAGGAAUGUAGCUUCAUAAACCUGACCUCUGCUCCUAGUAAUCUCUUGUCAAGUGCUCUAAGCACCAAGAAGGUACCCAAGGCCCAGCCAGUCUAAGGAAAUUUAGCAAAUAAUAAAUAACCCCUACUCAA